AGCUACGCGACAGCUUGAUCGGUUUGCAUUGUUGUCGGAGCGAAGUCUGCGUCGUCUCGCGAGUGUGAGUUAUGGCACCGACGAUGUCAUCGCGGAUCGCGGUACGGGGGAUCGGGCUCACUCUGACCCUGCUGCUCGUGUCGUCCGCGCAGGCGGUCAACUACGAGGUCCACAGACACGACGUGAUAGCAACGAAUUUAAACGGCAACGUAAUCUUGACGAGCCGCGACUAUCUCGAGCAACUGAAUUUCGUGGCGCCGAAAGCGAGUUACACGCUGCAAGAGGCCACGGAGCAUCUGCUGCAGUUCGGUGCGCUCCUGCGAGCGCGGAUACUCGACACCUUCGGCAGACUCCUGUACGUCUAUUACGACGACUUCAGCAUAGCGGAAGUGGAGGCGUUGCGCAAGGUAUAUCGCGAGAUCCUCGAGCGUCAGUACGACGUGUUGAACCUGGUCCCCAGCGUGCUGAGGAACCCGGACACGCGGCCGUCCAGGAUCUGCGCCGAGAUCUACGAUCACGCCGCGCAAUCCUGUCUGAGGGGUAGCGCGAGCGUGUGCCGCAGAAUCAGGAGGCAACACGAUCUCCCGCAUCCCGACGAUCGCGACACGCCCGCGUUGAAUGUCACUUACCGGAUAUACCGCUCGUCCAAGAUAUCGAAGCAGUAUCCCAGAGGUUUCUCCCUGGCGACCACGCUGAGAUUUCUGCAACGGCAGAUGCUGACUGUCACGCCCAAUCUGCUUUCCGGGCUCCUCCAGCACGUGAGGUACGAGAACUACGACGACGACGUUCUCAUCGCCGAGAGGGAGCUCGUGCGACACUAUCGCGAAAUCGCGACGACUCGGGAGAUUCCGAUGCCGACUAAGGAGCUGAGCAGGUUCCACACUGUCAACUCUUUCCUCAAGUUCUACUUCGACAUGUACGCCAAGAAAUUUCUGGACGACGAUCUGAAGAAGCACGCGCUCCUCAUCGCGAGGAGCAUUGCCGACGACGUCGGCACGAUCGACGAGAACAUCCACUUGCUCGGGAACGUGUACGAGAACCGAACGAUUCACGUCGAAUACCUCUUCGAUCUCGUGCUGCCCGACGACCUGCUCGAGAGCGACGUCAUCGAGGCGAAGAAAUACCUAGUGACGAAAUUAAAGAAAUUCAACGUGGUGGAGAAAUAUCUCAGGGUGCAGAGGUAUCAGCAGGCCACCCCCGCUCAGCUGAUGUUGGAGAUCACCGAGCAGCUGAGGGAUAUCGACUUUGCUAAAAGCAUCGCGACGUCUCUGCGGAUGCACGCCAAAUUCUGGCGCAGGAGUCGCAUGAUCGAGAGCCUCGACGAGCUGCUGGAGCUGUUUGACACCUACGAGAAUCUGCGGCAGGUGCCGCGCUAUCUGCACAUGAUGCGCAAGAUUGACUGGCUCAAGGAGAGCCUACAAGCUAUGAAGGACGUCCCCGUUGAGAUUCUUUGCAAUGCUCCGCGAGCCUGCCUACGAAUAGGCCUGCAACUGGUCUUACACUGCCAGCUCGUAAGUACCGAAAUCAAGGACUCCAUCAAGGAAUUCAUCGAGUUGAGCGACGUGUGCGUGGAGCCCGUGCGCCUGAUAGAGGAGUCGAGACGCUCGAUGGAAAUCCCGUUCAAGAUAUCGAGAACGCGGGUAAGUACGGUAUUGCAAACUGCGAGCACCUUCCUCGGCGAGACUACGACCCGACGCGUCUACGACCGCAGCACGGUCGAAGACCGAAGCGAGACGACGGAGAGCACCGAAUCUAAGGAGUCUGAAGUGUCUGACGAAACGACGGAAGCGGCUCCGCCGAAGUCCUCGAAGGAAAGGAGUUCUACAGAGUCUACGAGAGAGACGACGACGACGACGACGACUGCGCCGAGGACCACGCCCGAGCCCACGAAGCCGGUCGCGACGACCCGGCUGGAAGAAGAGAUAUUCGCAGCCGAGACAACCACGGCCGCGACAACCGCUACAACUUUACCUGCGACCACGACAUCGCCAGCUACAACAACUACGCCGUUACCCACAACGACUACGACAUUGCCUGCCACAUUAUCGCCGACUACGACAACGUUGCCUACAACUAUGCCGUUACCCACAACGACUACGACAUUGCCUGCCACAUUAUCGCCGACUACGACAACGUUGCCUACAACUACGACAACCACUACGAUGUCACCCACGACGACUACCACUGUGCCGUCGACAACAACCACGACAGCGUUGCCCACGACGACUACGACAGCGUCGCCCACGACGAUUGGUACAACGUUACCCACGACGACCACCACAGCGUCGACCACAACGGCCAGUUCAACGUUGCUUGCAACGACUACCGCGUCGCCUACGGUCACGACAGAGCUACCGAUCGUCGACGUGGUGAUGAAACUGGAGCACUCGACUAUCAGGACAGUCAACGUUCCGCGUGCCGGGAUUACGGAGCCCCUGAGAAACUUGACCGUAUUUACGACACCUGCCCCGAUGAGAUCCUGCGAGUCCAACGAAUGCGAGCAAAGUAGCGAGCAAAGUGUCGAGGUGACAACUGCUCUGCUCUCGACGACGCGAUCUCCGACGACGACGACGGCGCCGACGAUGCGGAUUUCUACACACGAAAUUAUUCGAGAAACGCCCUCCGAGCCAUCAUCGACCUAUGAAAACUUCGUCAGCGAGUCUGCGGUUUCUUCGACGACAGAGUUGAGCAAAACGCCGGUUACAAAAGGCGAUAACUGCGUCAAGUCCUGCUUAGAAGGCUGCAAAUUCAAGAGCGAGAGCUUGGAGACAUCGGUAAAGUCCUGCGAGACGAGCUGUGACUCCGCGACGGAGGACUGCGACGGGGAGGACAAGAGCUCGCCGGGAUGCGACAGGGAUUGCGAGAGGAAUUGCGCUACCAAGGAAGAAGCCGAAAAGAGCGCCGAGUGUAUGACGCUGUGUCCCUCGGACCGCGUGGAGAGCGCGUCGUGCGAGGAGGGCGACUGCACGACGUCGGCGGUGCCGGCGGUCGGCAUGAAGCUUGAACGCACACGGACGUCUCGCCUCAUGUGCGAGAUCCGGGAUCCCCAUCAUCGCCGUCAGCUGAAACGGCUGGCGAGGAUGCGGGCGAUCAGCGCCGCAGCUGCCGCCGUCGCGACGUCGCGCCUCGACGUCCUCAGAUCGUCGCGCCGUCGAGAUCGGAUCGCGACCAAGAAGCUGUACAAUCUGUCGGCCGCCAAACUGCCCUAUUCCAAGGAUAGGAAGAUGGCGGGAUACGUGCUGGAGAAACGUCUCGGCGACAGCGGCGACGACAAAGACUGGAGACGUCGUAAGCAGACCUCCGGACAGGCGAAAAGGCGGCUGGCAAAGAGAUUCAGUAGGAAACUAACCCAGGGGACGACGCUCGAGGAACAUCGCACGAGAGGAACCACGCCGUUUCGCCACAGUCAGAUUAAAAGGAUAUCUGGAAGAGGCGAGGAGUCGAUCAGCGCGUAAAAAGGCCGAGAGUAAAUCGGAGUCUAUUGAUUGAGGAUUACGUUGUUUAAGCGGAUAAUGUUAUUAUAGCUGUUACGUUACUAUGGACGAUUGAUGUUCAGCCGUUACUUGGUCGUGCUGCAUUUAACGUAUUUUCUGCCCGUUUAAUCGGGUCAGAGGCGAAAAAUAUCGUGGAACGUUACGGGGCUCCGUUCGCGAGGGGCUAAUUAUAUCAGAGACAAGAGCGUUUAUCGAAUUCGGCUGAACGAUUACUCGGUCCCGAGAUUUUAAUAGCCGUCUAUAUUUAAUCGGAGGACCGUCGUGAGACUCGUAUGCAUUAUGAAUUAUUUCUUCGAUGCUUUCUCAAAGGCCGUCGUUGACGUCGCAGCACUGAUGAAAUUAAAGUCGCGUUAAUGAGGUCUCUUAUCAGCGUUUCGUGCAACACAAAUUUGUACCGCGCGCGGCCCGAGGUAUUUCCGAACGUUGUUGAAAUUGUCAGAGAGUUUUUCCCGUUGAAUUUUGUAAAGCCUCGACGCGUCCUGAUGAAGGCACGUCUAGCCGUAGAAAUUAAUUCUGAAAUUGUAUCGUGAUAUAAUCUUCAGUCUAUUUAUACAGUCUGUUUACUAGAUUAAUUGUAAGAGAAUUGCCAAACAAAUUUGCGAGGAUAUGAAAUAGAAAUUGUGGUGCUCGGUGGAAGAUACAAUUAUUUGAGUACUUCAAUCGAGUACUUCUAUUCACGUACUA